UAUCGUCAGUAAAAUCUUAAAUAUGGCAAAUUAAGGACAAAAAACCAUCCAAGAUUCAAAGAAUUUUCACAAUAAAUUUUUGAACUAUUUUUUGAGAGGCUUUUGGUUAGCCAAUAAGCGAGGAAGAAUCGAGAAGACCACAUGCAAUAAAGCAAAAGGCAGCUAAGCUGGUAAUCCUUUUUGACCAGCCACUGAAAUAAAACCCAUGUGUUAAUAUUAGGGCAUCAAGCUCUUGCAUGCAGCUUUGUAAAAAGGGAGAGAAUAAUAAAGGGAUCAUAAAGGAAAAAAGAGCGAUCGACGUGUUUAAUUAGUGGUUAAGGAAUAUUGCACCUUAGGCUUUAUUGGUUUUUCACAAGCCAUAACUAAGAUUAUAACAUCGCGUUUUGCUGCGGAAAUUUUCGUGGAAAGAACGGAGUAGAGAGAACGUCUAGCUGUUGCCUUUACCAUCUGUCUAGCUCGGAGGAUCGGAUGGAGAUGCCUGCAAGGGAUGAUCAGGUACUGAAUAAGCAGCAAUCAAUUAGCAGCAGUACUAGUACUGGUGCUACCCGUGCAACCAGCCCAAGUCCUGAUUCUUCUUCGCAAGAUACUAAGCCGCCAUCUCCUGCAGAGGCACGGGCCGCCGGAAGGAAGCGAGCACUUCUUUGUGGGGUUACUAACAAAGCUGACCCGGAGAAUCACCUCCGAGGAUCUGUCAAUGAUGUGAAUCGAAUAAAAGAAAUGUUGAUUAAGAAGCAGUUCGGUUAUCCUAAUAAUGAUGAGUGUAUUCGCGUCCUCAUAGAUGAUCAAGAGAUCAAAGGAAAUAAGUCUACUCCAACGAAGAAGAAUAUAAUAGACUCUACUCCAACGAAGAAGAAUAUAAUAGACUCCUUAGAAUGGCUUGUGAAGGAUUCAAAGUCUGGAGACAAAUUGGUGUUCUUCUUCUCCGGGCAUUGCUGUCGUCCUGAUUCCGAAAACACGAACAUCCUCAAUAUUGGGUCUACUCAAAGUAUUGAUCUUUGCUGUUGUCCCAAAAACAAGGACACGCUCAAUAAUGGGUCUACUCAAAGUACUGAUCAUGAUCAUGUCUAUUUGGUUUGUACGGGAAACGAUUUGAUCCCAAAUUGCUACAUAAAUUCAACCAUUGUACGGCCUCUCAAGGAGGGUGUCACACUUUAUGCAAUUGUGGAUUCUUGUUUUAGUGGAAGAAUUCUUGACUUAAAGUACACAUACGACCAAGAAAGGAAGGAUUGGGACGACAAUUACGAAACUCCAUCAAAAGCAGAGAAAGGUACAAAAGACAAUUACAAACCUGAUCUAUCAAAAGCAGAUCAGAAAGAUGCAGGCGGAGGAUUGGCAAUUUGUCUGAGUGCUACAAAUAAUCGGGAAACUGCCGAAUCCAAUGCUAACUCCGGCGGAAACGAGAUAUUGGGAACAAUGACCGUUAAUUUGACCAAAAUGGUUAAAAAAAACGUGACAUACAAACAUAUACUCGAUCAAUUUCAAGAGCUACAUAGAGAAAGGAAUAUUGAAAGAGGAGAUCCACCCCUGCAAACGAUGUCCAACGUCCGACGUGCUCAUUUGGAAAGCAGAAAAAUAGAGGUACCUGUGCUAUCAUCGUCUCGUAAGUUCGACGUUUCCUCACAGGAAUUCUUGCUGUAGGGAGUACUGUAUUUGCCUUCAGUACCGGAACGAGCGUGGAAGCAUAUAUAGUUGCGGUGGUACUGUAGGCAUGCAAAAGUACUGUGAAUUUAAGUCAUGAUUGGAUUUGGAUUUGCCUAAUUUGCCUUUUUUUUUUUUUUUUUUGGUUUGUAAUAUUUAUGCACUCGUACCGAACGAUAAAAUCUUUCUAAUUUCUAUGUUAUUUUUUUCCCUUCUAAUUA